GCCAUGGAAAGUUCCUUGCGCUUGAUGUGGUGCAAAACAUUUUUCUUUAACUUACUAUAUAUAAUAUAUUCGGUGUUGCUAGCAGUGAUCAGCAUGCAACCAUGAGAGCGGUUACAAUUUCCCUAUUUGCAUUUCUUCUUGUAAUCGCAGCUACGGCUAUUAGCUUUUGUGAUGGGAAGUCCAAUGUGCUUUGCAUUGAAAGUGGGAGACAAGCCCUUCUGAAGUUCAAGCCUGAUCUCAUUGAUGAAUCAAACAGGCUAUCUUCUUGGGUUGAAGGUGAACAUGAGGAUUGCUGUAAAUGGGUUGGUGUUCUUUGCUAUAACCGGAGUGGCCAUGUCUAUCAGCUGCAUUUGGGGCUUCUUAUUCCUGAUGAGCAUGCGCCAGAUGCUGUAUGGGAAGCUUACGGUCGGUCAAAGCUAGGAGGCAAAAUAAAUCCUUCUCUGCUCGAUUUGAAACAUCUCAGUUUGCUAGACUUAAGCAAUAACGAUUUUGAGGGCAUGCAGAUUCCCGAAUUCAUCGGUUCGCUAAAGAGUUUAACAAAUCUUAACCUCUCUAAGGCAUCUGUCGGAGGAGCAAUUCCCGAUAAGCUUGCAAAUCUCUCGAAGUUGCAUUAUCUUGAUCUUGGACACAAUUUCCCAUUAGAAGCUAAAACUCUUCAAUGGGUUUCUAGCCUUCCUGCUUUGCUGUAUCUCGAUCUGAGUGAAGCAAAUCUUAGUAAAGCAACUGAUUGGCUACUAACAAACAAACUUCCUUCUUUGGUAGAGUUGCACUUGUCAGAUUGCAAUCUAAAUAAUGAUCCAUCUCCAGUCAGUGUUAAUUACACAUCUCUUGCUGUUCUUGAUCUUUCAUCGAGCAUGCUAUCCUCAAUACCUACUGAUCUUAGCGGGAAUAGUAUUGCAAGUGUGAUUCAUAAUGGUUUUCGAAACAUUUCUUCUCUCAAAUUUUUUGAUCUUUCAUAUUCAUUGUCUUCACCAUCGAUACCCAGUUGGUUGUCUAAUUUAAACCAUCUUCAAUUCCUUGGUCUUAGAAGUAUCGACCUGCAAGGUAAUAUUUGGAGUGCCAUUGGAAACUUGAGCUCCGUUAGUCACCUUGAUCUUUCAGAUAACAUGCUUGAAGGAAUAGUACCCAAAUUUUUGGGAAGUCUUUGCAAUUUAAGGGAGAUUGAUUUGUCAUGGAAUGAAAUUGAUCAUGACGUAUCAGAAAUCAUACAGAGUGCUCUUCAUUCUCUUCAGAUAUUGGACCUUGCUUCUAACAACAUUUCAGGAGCUAUUCCAAAAUGGAAGUUGUCAUCGUUGAAAUUUCUUGAUGUUUCAGAGAAUCAAUUAAAUGGAAGUCUUCCUCAAAGUUUAGGACAACUUGGGAAUUUAGAAAGUUUAGUUGCUGGCUACAAUACGUUGGAAGGAAAUGUCUCAGAAAUGCACUUUUCUAAUCUCACAAGUUUGAGACUUUUGAGUGCAUCAAACAACAUGUUGACAUUCAAACCAAAUUCAAGUUGGAUUCCUCCUUUUUUCUGUGAUAUUAUUGAAUUAGGCAAUUGGCAUCUUGGCCCGCAAUUUCCUCAGUGGUUACAAUUCCAAAAGAACUUGCUUGUUUUAGAUAUCUCCGAUGCAAGAAUUUCAGGUGUCUUUCCCACUUGGUUUUGGGACCUUUCUACUCGAUUUGGGAAUUUAAAUCUUUCCCAUAACCACCUUGUUGGGGGGAUGUCAUAUUUGGCCGGAAGUUUUUUGGUUGACUUGAGUUCCAACCAAUUCAAUGGUGAAAUUCCAGAUUGUUGGAAAAAUUGGCAAAAUUUACAGAUCUUGAAUUUUGGAAACAACAAUCUAACUGGAAAAAUUCCUCAAUCCUUGGAAUCAAUGCGUCGUCUUAGGUCAUUAACCCUCCGGAACAAUAGCCUGUUUGGAAAAGUACCAUCCACAUUUCAGCAUUUUGCUGAUUUAUUAAUUCUUGAUCUUAGUGAAAAUCAAUUCACUGGAAGUAUACAAGAAUGGAUUGGAGACGAGCUGUCAAAACUCUUGGUUCUAAACCUCCGUUCAAAUAACUUUCAGGCCCAUAUUCCUCAUAAAAUUUGUGCUCUUCAUUCUCUUCAGAUAUUGGACCUUGGUCAUAACAACAUUUCAGGAGCUAUUCCAAAAUGUUUCAGUAACCUAAGUGCCAUGGCCACAAAAACCAAAACCAUCGGCUCAUAUGGGUUUUCUAUGAAGUUCAAUUCUUUACCUCCUAAGUCAACCAUUAUGGAUGCAUGGGUGGUGAUGAAAGAGGAUAAAUACAGUACCAUACUAGCACUUGUUACCAGCAUAGACCUCUCAGCAAACAGUCUCACGGGAGAGAUCUCCAAAGAAUUUGGAGUCCUCAUUGGGCUGCGAUCAUUAAAUUUGUCAGGGAAUCUCCUAACAGGAAAGACACCGGAAGACAUUGGCAACUGGGAGUCAUUGGAAUCUUUAGACUUGUCGGUGAACCGACUCAAUGGUGAAAUCCCUUCAAGUUUCUCCAAUUUGAAUUUCCGAAAUCACUUGAACUUGUCCUACAACAACUUGACAGGAAAAAUCCCAUCAAGCACCCAGCUCCAAGGCUUUGACAAGAUUUCUUAUAUUGGCAAUCAUCUUUGCGGACCUCCUGUUACUAAAAACUGCAGUGCAAAUGGCGGAACACCUAAUGUUACAACUGGAGGUAGAAGUGAUGGGCCUAAGGUGAAUGGCUACGUGAGCAUAGUGCUUGGAUUUGUCAUGGGGUUUUGGGGUGUGGUGGCUCCCCUGUUUUUCAUCAGGUCUUGGAGGUUUGCUUACUAUCAAAAACUGGAUGAUGUUGGUCGCAAGCUGUACGUGUUUUGGGCUACUACUGGAAGAAGCUCAUUUCGGAGCGUUUGGCAAAGUAAUAACCAGAUUUGUGCGCUCGUUACUUGUUCCAUGUUUCCGUUUUGA